UCUAAUUGAAUAUUAACUUAUACCUGCCAUUGUAUCCAUUAGUUAGAUAAACCCAUUAUUAAGUACAUCUGAAAUAAGACUUGGUGUAGGGACUAUAAGAACUCUCCAGCUAUUCUGAUAUACAUUUAUUUUAUAUUUUUUGCUGGGAUGUGGCAGUGCUGACUGACCAUUUUCACUUUUUCAGUUGGAUAAACAAACAUGGCAAUGCAAGACGCAGACCCGGAUUUUCGAAUCCGGAGACCGAACAAAGCUGAAAGAGACGAUAUCAAGAAGAUCUUCUCCCAUUUCGAUGUGAACGGAGACCAAAAGAUUUCCCGACACGAGAUAUUACGUGCAGUACGAUGCAUGGGGUCACACCCGACAAAGCAGGAGUUCGACCAAAUAAUGGAACCUGUCGACGAGGACAAGGAUGGCUAUGUUAGCUUCAGCGAAUUUGAGAAAGUCAUGAUGAGAUCAAUUUCGGUAAAGGAAUACGAAGAAAAACUAAUGAGAGAAUCGUUUAAAAUGUUUGAUUUGGAUGGAGAUGGGUUCAUUUCCAAGGCUGAGCUGAAGAAAAUACUCACAGCAGCCGGGGAUAAAAUGGCGGAACAGGAAGCUGAGGAACUCCUGCAGGAAGCUGAUACCAACAAAGACGGGAAGAUAAGUUACGGGGAAUUCGUCGACAUGAUAUGCAAAAAGUGAUACAUGCCGAAUAAUGACAAGGAAAUGGGAUGUGAGGAAUCGACCAUUGUGACUAGACGACUGUGCGCCUGCACAAGAAGGAUUAAAACAAAACGUGCCGCAUAUGUCGUUACAGUUGGAGAGAAAAACGAUAUCGUAUAAUUCACUGAAGAGUGAAGGAGAAAUGUGGCAUAUUUUACUGUACGUACACAACUAUAGUGUGUGCCCUUCAGUUAUUUUGAUCAUUUUGAAAACAUCGUUUGUGUUGGACUCCCAUGUGUUGUAUAGGGGUCCGACGCUACCUACGGAUACAUUUAUAUAUAUAUAUAUAUGUGCAUGUUAUCACUUGACAUCUUCUAUCAGACAGAUUGUUCAACAGUAAAUCUCCGUGUUACUGUCGCCGUCUGUAUGCUCUUAAGCGGUUUUUCGAUAUACCGGGGUAUACAAGUAGGAAUUGUGGAACAACGAAACGUAGAAAUUACAAUAAGUCUGUAGUAAUUAAUGUUAGUAACGAACUGUUUAUCAUCGAUGUAUUGUCCUAUAUUACGUCAUCAUGAUGACUAGAUGAACCGGAUUUUGUUUUAAUAAACCCUAAUUGGAAACACCACGUGUUAACUCAUUAUUUUAUUAAUCCUUGUG